CUUAAAUACUCUCCGCUGCAACUGUGUGAUCAGCCUGAUUUGUUUUGGAUAUACUCGUCGUAUUAAUGCGCUUCAUUUAAAUUUUACCCGCCUGUUGUGUUUUUCCCACCUGUCCACUUUCUAGUGCGCACAAAACGAGGGAAAAAUUAACAAAAUUCUCACGUCUGCCCAAUUUGUCUGCAAAUUUGCCUGGGGCAGAUUCCUCAAUCAACACCGAUGCGCAUGCGUCAAUGAACACCGGAAAGACCGGUUCUGGAGAAACAGUUUCUGAAGACGAAGAUUUUUCUAAGUUCAAGAAAAGGUGACAGUAUUCUCAAGUUACCAUUCUCAAGUUUCUUCGCACCAAGUUGCCACAAGGCCUUACUCGUAAAAUGGCAUUUCAGACGACAUUUCGGAAACUUGGAAGGUGACGGCAGAGGAAACAUAGAUAGGAAACUCAGUUUAUUCAGCGCCAAUCGCUAAGAACAGAAAGAAACAACUUAACAGCCAUGGCGAAACCUUACAAGAGGCCGGCAGACUUUUUCUUGCGGCGACAUGACUUAGAGGACGUUGAUGACGCGUCCUCUGUUAUGACUGAGACCACCAUAGAAACAGUGGACACCACGGACGAGAGCGGACCUAUGGGGAAGGUCCGGCAAUGCUGCAACAUCGACAAGUCCCUGCUCAUCGUCAAACUCUUCUACUCGUUCUUCUACGGCGCCGUGGCAGCCUUCAUCCCUUACCUUAGCAUCUUCUACAAGCAGAUGGGCAUGACGCCGCUACAAAUCGGUAUGAUCAAUGGAUUCCGACCUUUCGUCAGUAUUUUUGCCGGACCUCUAUGGGGAAUCGUGGCGGACAGGUUCCAGAUAAGAAAGGUUAUAUUGAUAGUGUCCCUGAUGGCGUGGAUAGUGAUGGGGCUGGUGAUCGGGCUCCUUCCCCCGGCCACGUCCGCUCCCUGCCCGCUGGACGCAAAACAGUACGUCGAUACAAACUUAUGGCCGCAGACACUACAUGUCUCUCCAGAGCCGGCACUACACAAGGGGUACCCUUUCUACGCCACUAUGGAUUCUACGGGUCUGGACGGCCCUCCGAUUAGUUUCUUCGUCUUCGAUCUCUUCCCGCGACCAGCUCCGUUUAAGUCUAAGUUACUGAGAGCGGAGUCGCCUUCCAGGGAAAGACGGGCAGCGAGCAACAUCACGUCGGCUGUCACCACCAAACCAGCCGUCACCAAGAACGUUCCCACGACUGCAAAGAAGGCCACUCCUGCUAAAACAACAGAAAAACCAGCAAAACCAAAACCAACAACUAAGAAACCAACAGAGAAACCAGCAAAACCAAAACCAGCAACGAAAAAAGCGACGCCGAAACCAACAACGAAAAAAGUAACGCCGAAACCAACAACGAAAAAAGUAACAACGGCGAAACCUACAACAGAAAAGAAGGGAACACCUAAAUCGAAGACCGAUGAGAGGAUAAAGAAGACUUUAGCGAUGAUGUUAGACCCAAGUAACCACAGCUGGAUGUUCGAGCCGGCCAGCCAGAGGACGCUGUUCCUGACGUAUCUCGUCAUCACGCUGCUGGCCGAAAUCUUCUGGUCAGCCGCCUUCGCCAUGGCUGACGUGGCGACGCUCAGGAUCCUGGGAACGGGACGGAUAUCAGAGUACGGCGAACAGCGCUGGGCUGGCUCUCUGGGCCACGGUGUUUGGUCUCUAUCUAUAGGGUACAUCCUAUACUACUCGCGUAAGGACGUCACGAGGUGCGGGAUAGUCAUGACCAUGACAGACUACCGACUCAUGUUCUUCACGUUCGCUGGGCUGAUAGGAGCUGCACUCGUCAUCGCAAUAUUCAUGCCUUUUCUGGAAGGGUCAGAUCACAGUAGCCCACACGCCACGCGAGCGGCCCUGAAGCUCUUCUGUUCCGCGCACUAUGGUUCUAUUCUACUGACAACCAUCUUCUUCGGGAUGUGUUACGGUAUCAUCUGGGGCUACAUCUACUGGCACUUGGAAAAUAUAGGAGCUGGACAGAACGUGAUGGGCGUGUCCACUGUGGUCACCGCCGUCACGCAGGUCGUGGUGUUCCUGUUCGCCAACCGGCUGUUCAGGGUCAUCAGUCACAUCGCCAUGUUACAUCUGACUCUCGUCAUCUUCUCUCUCUGUCUCAUCUCGUACACCAUGCUGCCCAACCCGUGGUGGGUCGUGGGGGUCGAGGUGUUGCACGGUUUUGCGUACGCCGCCACGUGGUGCACCUUGGUGACGUACACGGCCCAGGCGGUCCCUCCCGCCGCCAUCUCCACCGUGGAGGGUCUGCUGCACACCGGCUACAUGAGCGUGGGCACCGGCAGCGCCAAACUGCUGGGCGGCAUUCUCAUCGACACAUACGGCCUGAUCUUCACGUACAAGGCCUUCGCCUGCGCUUGCUUGGUCAUACUGGCUAUCUUUCUGCUGACGCAAACUUGUUCGUACAAGCCCGUGCUGGUAGUGGAUGAGUACACCGGACAGAUUCAGAGUCAUAUGUCCAAGUCCUUUCCUCACGACAACCCCAAACCCCCUGAACAAUACUUACUCAGGCACCCUGGCGACCCCAUGUACGAUACUGUCACCGCAGCGGCCUGGGAUAAGUAACGCAACUAUAUAUAAAUUCUUCUGAGUGCAACGUCUACGCAAUGGACAAGAAGAAGACGCAACAAAACACAGAGACUUCCGUUAGCUCAAGUAUGUUUUUCGGUCAGCUCCAACUUUUUCUAUCAGGGCUGUCGUCGGCAUCUGCUACUACUAAAUAUUUCAGAUUACCACAGUACUAAGUUACUAACUAAAUUUUUCAGGCUAAAUACUUCCGUCCCGGAAGUAUUUUUGGACAGCGCUGGUUUAGGGAGAGUUUGUAUGUGUUUAGUCCUCAGCUCCAUGGAUUGGACGGGACAGGUGAUGGGCGGAGUUGGGGUUUCGGUAAAAAAAAACACUUCUAGAAAGUGGGGAUUUUCAUGUUGGUUCUUUUACAAUGGCUGGGAGAGAAAGGUUGCACUGACUGUGAAUAUGAAAAUAUAAAUAUAUCCUCUCAUGACAAAGUAUGAGGAAAAAUUAGCAUAGUAAACGCACAAAUAAAUAUAAUUUAUUGAUGAUGAUAAUAGAUGAUCCUUAUUGCUGGACCAAACGCAUAAAAUAUUUUACUUGCAAUGUGUAUGGGAGACAUUUACGUCAAUGAUUGAAAAUAAUAUUUCAAUCACUAUCAUGAAAAAUUAAAGUCUAAUAUAAAUGGAGCAAAAUGUAAGAAUAAGAGGCAAAUUUGAUUUGAUUGAUUACUUUACUAGCUAGGUGACGAGAUAGUAACUUUACGUACGACGUCUUUGUAUACUGCCAUUUGAUUUAGUAAACUUCUAAUGAGUGUAUUUGUUAGGACUUUGUCGGUCUGUUUUACCCUACCUAACGUAGACCAAUAUCCAUGCAUCGCGCGAUUGUCAAUGACUAUGGAUUAACGACUAUAAACCGGUGGCUAC